AUGCAUCGUAAUAUUCAACAGGAGGAUCGCAAUAGUGCGUAUAUGGUUGAUCAUUACCACGCUACCUCUUUUAGUUACACAGCUGGUCCAUUUCUAGUCUCUCCCCAGGUUGGACCCACACAUACUUCCGAGUUCUCCAAACACAAAUCAAAGCAUUCAGACAAUGUUGGAUCCGAAGAUUAUGCUGUUAUAGAGAGAGUUGUCUCGCGUACACCAUCUCCUACGCCGUCAGAGACGGCCUUUCUCAAUAGAAAUGGUUUCAUUGAUUGGCAGCGUAUGCGUAGCUGGAGGUUUUGGCUGAGAAAAGACAGGAUAUGGUACUAUGCCAUAGCACUGAUAGUCAUCACAUUAACCGUUCUUCUCGCUCGUUUCAACAAGAAAAUUGUGAAUGCGCUUGAACCGACAGCACGCCAUCUGCGAGAGAUACGCGGUGGAUGGCUUAUACCGAUUACCAUUCUAUUCGUUAUUUCAUUUCCACCACUUCUCGGCCAUGAGAUAGUAGCCAUGCUUACUGGAGUCAUCUGGGGAUUCUGGAUUGGAUUUGGUAUUACAGCUGCUGGAACUCUUCUUGGCGAGAUCGGUAACUUCUACGCGUUCAGGUACUGCUGCAAGGCGAAAGGUGCUAAAGUAGAACAGAGGAGCCUUUACUAUGCCUGUCUUGUCAGGGCAAUUAGAGAAGGGAGCUUCAAGGUCGCACUUAUUGCACGGUUCAGUGCAAUCCCUGGACAUUUAUUGACGGUCAUAUUUUCAACUUCCGGGAUGAAUAUUGUCGUAUACAUAUUCGCAACGGCUCUAUCACUUCCGAAACAGGCUGCGCUUGUCUAUCUCGGCGUCGUCUUAGAGACGACUGGCAUAGGCAAAGAAAGCCGCGAAGAAAGAAUUGUCUCCGGAGUCAUUGUUUCGGUGACGGUAAUCGUGACUAUUAUUGCGAUGCGAUACGUACAUCGUCGGAUGAACGGAGUCAAGCAAGCCGUCGUAUAUUCUCGCCGCAAGGCCCGGCAGGGAAAAUUGAGUCGCUCAGAUACCAUAAGGUCUGCACGCUCCGAGUUUCAUGAAGGGAGCAUUUCGCAUAUCCACCGCCCGAUUCCCUUACGUACUCUGCCACCCGCAGCAAACCUGAGUGGUUCCUCUCUUCUGGUCAUCAAUCGAGCAUGA